GAUCUGGGGAGGAAACUGGCCCCAGAGCCCGAUCUUGCAACUCUUGUCCCUGACCCUUCCCAAGGGGCCCGGGAAGGGAGGAGUCGAGGCCGCAGAGUGGCUGAAGGGUUUGACUGGUUCGGGUGUGUCCUGUGCAGAUGGGCCGGGACCGGGAGAGUUCGGGGAAAACACUGGGGUUAGUGACUGGAGAGGGCGCUGGGCCCCUCCCCUCGCACUCUGGUUAAAAAUGAUCUUUAGUUUGAACUCUUGUUUUACUCCCACACGUUCUUUCAAAAAUUCCAAACUCCUGGGCUAUGAUUUGAAGAAGACAGGCCCCUCCUUCCCGCUUGGCAAACAGAAGGUGGAGGUCAAAGGUGUCGAUGUGGCAUUGGGAGAGGGGACAAGGCCGCCGCAGCCACUGACCUUUACCUCUCCGCUCCUUGCCCCUGCCCCGUGUCUGCUGGGAAUAGCAGACCAGUGCCACUCCCCCUGUGGUUUACCAGCAGCCACCCUGCCACCGGAGCGGGUCAGGCAUAGCUGCGGGGCUGCGCCCCACACCCGCCUCUUUCGCUUGGGCAGAAACAAAGACCGGAAGCAGAUUCUGAUCCAGACCCCCUGGCCCGCCAAGUCAGUGUUCACAGCUUUGGGAGCAUUGGCAGAGCUGUUCUUCCAAAGGCACCCUGGCUGUUGGAAGAUGCUCACAGUGGCGAUGUGCAUGGCCCUCCUGGGGUGCCUGCAGGCCCAGGAGCUCCGGGGACACGUCUCCGUCAUCCUGCUGGGAGCAACCGGGGACCUGGCCAGGAAAUACUUAUGGCAGGGGCUGUUCCAGCUGUACCUGGAUGAGGCGGGGAAGGACUACAGUUUCAGCUUCCAUGGGGCUGCCCUGACGUCCACCAAGCAGGGCCAAGCGUUCAUAGCCAAGGUCCUGGAGUCCCUCUCCUGCCCGGAGGACGUGGCACCCGACCGCUGCGCCGAACUCAAGGGCCAGUUCCAGCGGCUGAGUGCGUACCGCCACCUGGCGACGAGUGAGGACUAUAUGGCCCUGAGCAAGGACAUUGAGGCACAGGUCCAACACGGGGGCCUCCGGGAGGCCGGCAGGAUCUUCUACUUCUCGGUGCCACCCUUUGCCUAUGCGGACAUUGCCCGCAACAUUAACAGCAGCUGCCGCCCGGGCCCGGGCGCCUGGCUGCGGGUUGUCCUCGAGAAGCCCUUCGGCCAUGACCACCUCUCAGCCCAGCAGCUGGCCACGGAACUCGGGGGCUUUUUCCGAGAGGAGGAGAUGUACCGGGUGGACCAUUACCUGGGCAAGCAGGCCGUGGCUCAGAUCCUGCCUUUCCGAGACCAGAACCGCAAGGCCUUGGACGGCCUCUGGAGCCGGCACCACGUGGAGCGGGUGGAGAUCAUCAUGAAGGAGACGGUGGAUGCCGAGGGCCGCACCAGCUUCUACGAGGAGUACGGCGUCAUUCGCGACGUGCUCCAGAACCACCUGACCGAGGUCCUCACCCUCGUGGCCAUGGAGCUGCCCCACAACAUCAGCAGCUCAGAGUCUGUGCUCCAGCACAAGCUCCGGGCCUUCCGGGCUCUGCGGGGCCUGCAGAAGGGCAGCGCCGUCCUGGGCCAGUACCAGGCAUACAGCGAGCAGGUGCGCAGAGAGCAGCAGAAGCCGGACAGCUUCCGCAGCCUGACGCCGACCUUCGCAGGCGUCCUCGUUCACGUGGACAACCUUCGCUGGGAGGGCGUCCCUUUCAUCCUGAUGUCCGGCAAAGCCUUGGAUGAGAGAGUGGGCUACGUUCGCAUCUUGUUCAGGAACCAGGCUUACUGUGUCCAGAACGACGAGCACUGGGUCGCCGACCAGAGCCAGUGCCUCCCUCGGCAGAUCGUCUUCUACAUCGGACACGGUGAGCUGGGCAGCCCUGCCGUGCUGGUCAGUCGGAACCUGUUCAGGCCGUCCCUGCCCUCCGAGAGCUGGAAGGAGCUGGGGGCCCGGCCGGGGCUCCGCCUCUUCGGCCGCCCGCUGUCCGAUUUCUAUGCCUACCGCCCCGUGAGGGAGCAGGACGCCUACUCCGUCCUCAUAUCUCGCAUCUUCCACGGCCGAAAGGACUCCUUCGUCACCACGGAGAACCUGCUGGCCUCCUGGGGCUUCUGGACCCCCCUGCUGGACAGCCUGGCCCACGCGGUCCCGCGCCUCUACCCGGGAGGCGCGGAGAACGGGCAACUGUUGGACUUCGAGUUCGGCGGCGCCCAGCUGGGCUUCUCGAAGCAGCAGCCGGAGCGGCUGGUGCCGGGGCCCGGCCCCGCGCCGCUGCCCAGCAGCUUCCAGGUUCUCAAGGCCAAGUACCGAGAGAGCCCGCUGAUCUCGGCCUGGCCCGAGGAGCUGAUCGCGAAGCUGGCCGACGACAUCGAGGCCACGGCCGUGCGGGCCGUGCGGCGCUUUGGCACGUUCCACCUGGCGCUGUCCGGCGGCUCGAGCCCCGUGCCCCUGUUCCAGCAGCUGGCCACCAGGCACUACGGCUUCCCCUGGGCCCACACGCACCUGUGGCUGGUGGACGAGCGCUGCGUCCCGCUCUGGGACCCCGAGUCCAACUUCCAGCACCUGCAGACCCACCUGCUCCAGCACGUCAGGGUCCCCUACUACAACAUUCACCCCAUGCCCGUGCAUCUCCACCAGCGGCUGUGCGCCGAGGAGGACCAGGGCGCCCAGACGUACGCCAGCGAGAUCUCGGCCCUGGUGGCCAACGGCAGCUUCGACCUGGUGCUGCUGGGCAUGGGCGCAGACGGGCACACGGCCUCCCUCUUCCCGCAGUCGCCCAGCGGCCUGGACGGCGAGCAGCUGGUCGUGCUGACCGAGAGCCCCUCCAGGCCGUUCCAGCGCAUGAGCCUCAGCCUGCCCCUCAUCAACCGCGCCAGGAAGGUGGCGGUCCUGGUCAUGGGCAGGGUGAAGCGUGAGAUCACCAUGCUGGUGAGCCGCGUGGGCCACGAGCCCAAGAAAUGGCCCAUUUCAGGCGUCCUGCCGAGUUCCGGCCAGCUGGUUUGGUACAUGGACUAUGAGGCGUUUCUGGGAUGAGGGCCCCAGUGGCCUCUGCUCACUCCCUCUCUCGCUCUCCCCGUACCGUCCCCUCUCCUUCGUCCUGCCACCUGCCCUGGCUGCCUGGAACCCGAUGCCUCAGGGUUAGGCCGCCAGAGAGGAAAGGACGAGGCCUUAGCCCAAUCCCUUUGACGGUCCCUGUCUAGUUGUGGUGGGUAGACACAGAUGCAAGGAAGAAACGGAGUUUCUGCUCUUGAGAAGUUUCCGGUCCUGUUCAGGAGAGAAGUAUCCACCUUAAGAGCACACCUGUGGCCUUUCCCCAUGAACACCAGCAGCACAGAACCGGGCAGGGGGGAAGGCUCCCAACUCCGGCAAGAAUGCCGUGAUUAGGUUAACCCAGGAAGGCUUCCCGGAGGGGGUGAUCCUUGAGCUGGCUCCCGUGGAAACAGACUAUGGAUGGUAGAGAGAAGGGACACAGGUGUCCACCGGGUGCAGAGCCCACGCAGAGCAGGUCGCUGGGAACUGUCCGGAGACCUCGAGUUGGCCGAGUCCCCGUUUCUUCUGUCCCCUCCUCCCCUUCUUCCUGAGCCUCUGACAUUUAGCCCUCUGUUCUGGCCUCUUGGUGGCUGUCUCUCCUGCUCCCUCUGGGUUCCCUUCCUCUCGGUUCUGACUCUGACGAUGGGGGGGUCUUUUCUCAUCGCUCGGUCUCUCUGCUGCCCCCCAGAGGGCUGAAGGAUGGUAGCAUUACACAGCAGCAAACACAAGGAAGUUAAAAGGUCCCAGAAAUCUCGCCGCCUGCUCUCCCUCCUCCAGCCGGCCCCCUGCCCCCUUCGCGAUUCACGGUGCGCAGAGAUGAUUCGGCCACUCCAGGGAUCCCUCACUUAUGAGGGUCCUCUGUACCUCAGGGGACUUCCGGUGGGCGUUUCCACUCUCAGUAUACCCUCUUGCUUUACCAGGAAAGAUCCAGUUAAGUCUUUCUCUGAUGGUGACACAUCAUAUGUGGGGAGAGACACCGUGCAAACGGCCUCCACCAUCCAGGUGCUCUGAUCGGACCAGACGGGAGUCAGGCCUCCUCGGUGGGGCAGCUGCAGCCUUCUCGGGGGACAGGGCGGGUUCGCGGGGCCACGGGGGGCGGGGGGGAGGGGGCAGGCGUCCCACCGACUGUGCUCCCUCCCAGUGGAUGAUGCCGGAUGGAGCGACCUACUUGCCGUCCACCGGCCCCUCCCACUAACACGCUGUGAAAGAGCUGGGAAAAGAAAUAGGUAGCUUGUCUUUAAGAGGAGGGUGGCUGCUCUGUUCCUGGUUAGCGGUGGGUCAGUAAUGCCUGUUUUUCCGAAACCCCCGAGGUUCCGGCAGGGGGAGGGCGGGGGAGGGGGACGGCGGUGAGUCUGAAAUUCUUUUAAAAAAUAUUCUCACAUAUUGAAUUUUUAUUCCAGCUUCCCGCAGAGUCAUGCCCCCAAGACAGGACUGUAAAGGAAUGAGACCGAUCUUUCUGUGACUGCUGUCUUGUUUUAAAGUCACACGUUGUGUCCGGUGUGGGUGCCCCACAGAGAGCUUUCCUUGGGGAGGAGGAGCCCGGCCAAAUCUAUUUCUCUACUUUUGAUUGUUUACGCUUUCUUCAAGGCGAUGGAUUUAAAAGAAUUCUGGUCUCGCUUUGA